CUUCAUGGAUUAGAUAUUAUUUUCCCAGAUUUUCUCUCUAUAUACUAAUUCAAUUCCUUCACCUUUUCUAACCAAAAGUUCUCUCCUUUUUCGCCAUUGUUUCUUGGGAGCAAAAGGGUAUUCUCCGUUGGAGGAAAAUGGCAGCUGCUGCACCAAUCUUUACAUCUCCAACUCAACCCUUCUCAUCAUCCAAUCGAUUAAGAGCUAGUGGCUUUAUGGGUGCCUCAUUGCCCAGUAAUUCUCCACAGUUCAAAAGAUCAGUCAAUAUUAGAGGGAGAAUUAGUGCUGCUGCCACUGUUACAAAAGGUCCCAUGGAAGAUAUUAAAGAGUAUGCUCUUCCGUCGUGGGCGAUGUUCGAACUUGGGAAGGCUCCGGUUUAUUGGAAGACGAUGAACGGUCUUCCUCCGACUUCUGGAGAGAAGCUGAAGCUUUUCUACAAUCCAGCAGCAAGCAAACUUACUCCAAAUGAGGAUUUUGGGAUUGCUUUUAAUGGAGGCUUCAAUCAGCCUAUCAUGUGUGGUGGUGAACCGAGACAAAUGCUGAGGAAAGCUAGAGGCAAAGCUGAUAGUCCAAUAUACACCAUACAAAUAUGUGUUCCUAAGCAUGCUGUGAACUUGAUAUUCUCAUUCACAAAUGGAGUCGAUUGGGAUGGUCCUUACAGACUACAGUUUCAAGUUCCGAAGGCAUGGCAAAACAGACCAAUCGAAUUCUUUAACCAGGGGCUAGCAGGGGAGCUGAGUAAAGAAGGUGCAUGUGACAAAGCAAUAUUUCCAGACACAAGUAUUGUUGUGGAUAGAUGUGUCAUGAUUGGUAACUUGUCCAAGGAAGGAGGCGAUCGUUGCAGUCUUGAUCUGGUUCUGGGAUGCAUGGACACGAACUCACACCUGUAUAACCCUCUGGCCAAUGUAGACGACGGCUCGUGCCCGAUUGAUUCCGAUGUUGAGGAUUAGUUGUUAGUCAGUUGCAACUCUUAUGCAUCCUAAAUUACUCCUAGCAGUUCUAAAGACUAAAAUGAAAUAGUUGUAUAGAAUGUAGAUGAUGGGGCCAUCAACAGUGUUACAAAACAACAGAAGAUUGGACCGAUCAAUUGAAUUGAUAAUCGAUGUUUUAUCCGGUUU